AUGACUGCCGGUAGCCCAGAGGAUGGCCUGCCAGACACCAACACCGCUGUUGCUCGAUUUUGUCGCCAAUAUCUCCAAUUGGAAUUAGAACGUGACCUCGACUACCCCCCGGCAGACCUUCUUCGUGAGGAACAUGUCCAGUCCUACCUCUACCGGCAGCUGUUCGCCGACGGGGCCCUGGCGCAUCCUCCACCUCCUCGGCACGAGUUGCGGGUUCUGAAGGAGCUCACCUCCAGGAUCGAACGCAGUAUAGAUGACUGGGAGCAACACGGAGUAUCGGACGACUUGAUGGGCCGUCUGUCUGAGCUUCUCGCAUCCCCCCUUUCCUCUGAAGUAGAUGCCGCGCAGCAAAAAUCCUACGUUACAUACUCCCUUCCUAGUCUUGACACUGUCCUUGAUCCCCUGCCUCAGUCGCCCCAUAUCACCCUUCUCGAAUCCCGCAAUCUCAUAUCUGCCGGCGGCACCACGGGCCUGCGGACGUGGGAAGCUGCUCUCCACCUCGGUCAAUAUCUGUGUCAGAAUCCUGCUCUCGUUCAGGGCCAGGGUAUCUUGGAACUAGGCGCGGGCACCGGCUACAUUUCCAUCCUUUGCGCCAAGUACUUGUCACCACGUCAGGUCAUCGCCUCCGAUGGCUCAGACGAUGUCGUCGCCAACUUGCCCGACAACUUCUACCUCAAUGUUCUUCAGGGGUCCCCGUCGAUCUCAUCCAUGGACUUGAAAUGGGGCUACGCGCUCGUUGGAACUGAAGAGGCAGAGUGGAAUGGCGGACGGCCCGUUGACCUUGUCCUCGGGGCCGACAUCACAUAUGACGAGAGCAUCAUACCUCCCUUGACGGGAACCAUCGAGGAGCUGUUCGACUUGUACCCGGCUGUCAAGGUCAUCAUUGCCGCUACCGAGAGGAAUCAGAAGACCUUCGAGGCGUUUCUGAAAGUCUGCGAGCAGCGGCGAUUCAAGGUUCAUGAAGUACGCUUCGAUCUGCCGCCUAGGGCUUCCCAGACCGGCCCUUUCUACAAUGACAAGGUGCCCAUCAGGAUCUGCGAGAUAGCCCGGGACUGA